AUGAAGACCGCACUCUUUGCGCUGGCUGCGUUGGCGCCACUUGCUUCGGCACAUUUCAAGCUCAACUACCCAGCUGCCCGUGGCUUUAACGAAGACAACCUUGCCCAAUUCCCAUGCGGCUCCUUUGAUACGCCUUCCAGCAAUCGUACUGUAUGGCCAGUCUCAAAUGGCUCCAUCGGUCUAGAGAUGGGACACAUCGAUGCCAACGUCGAAGUCUUGAUCGGAUUCGGCAACAACCCCGGCUCAGCCUUCAACACCGUCCUUCGAAAGACCUUCACGGAGCAAGGCUUGGGCGCUUUCUGCAUGACGAGCUUCUCCCUCCCCGAAGGAGUAAAUGUCACUGAUGGCACCAAUGCCACCAUUCAAGUCUUGACCAACGGUGAUCCCGAUGGCGGACUUUACAACUGUGCCGAUAUCACAUUCUCGACCUCAGCACCUGACCCCGACGCUGGUGUAUGUACGAAUGGAACGGGCGUCAAGACAAUCGCAGCCACGUCCACUCAACAACCAAACGAGACGACGGAUGCAUCGACUUCAACCUCCGCUUCGGCUUCGGCGUCGGGAAGCAAGAGUGCGGCGGUUUCGGCGCUGAAUGCUGGGAUUGGCGGCUUGGCUAUGGCUGGUGCGGCAGCUUUGGCAAUUGUAUUGUGA